AUGAAGUCGUCUUCAUGUUUUGCAGCCAAGCGUGUGAGCCUCAACUACCCAUUUGUAUCUCAAACUCAACUAUCAACUGUAAACUUAGAGACAAUGGCCUCUUUCCGGUUUUGCGCAGAAUGCAACAAUAUGUUGUAUCCAAGAGAAGAUAAGGAUAAUGCCAGACUUCUCUACUCAUGCAGAAAUUGUCCUUAUACCGAAUUAGCCGAAAAUCCUAAGGUUUAUCGUCAUGAGCUUAUAACCAACAUCGGAGAAACCGCUGGUGUAGUUCAAGAUAUUGGUAACGAUCCUACAUUGCCACGUUCUGACAAACAGUGCCCAUACUGCUCCAAUAAUGAGUGUGUGUUCUUCCAGUCUCAACAGAAGAGAAAAGAUACCUCGAUGGUGUUAUUCUAUGUGUGCCUAGAAUGCAAGCGAACUUUCCGUGCUUAG